UGGUGGCCAUUUUGUUUUGGACGUCGAGCGGGACACGGCGGCGUCGGCGGCGGCAGCGGCAGCGGCAGCUGUGGUGGCAUAGACGAAAAGAAGGAAAAGGCAGGCUGGGUGAGCAGGCGGACUGGCCAAACAGCCCGCAAACAACAACGAGCUAGCCUAGCAGUCUAUCGAUUACGCAUCUAACCAACCGCCCACCAAGUUACCCCGAGCCCCCCACCGUCAACUCAGGUUCGGCCGGUCCCCGGCCCGCUUGCCGCAGCCGUGGUGGCAGCCCCGGGAGGAGCACUGGCGUCCGUUUCUUUUGAUUCUCGGGAUUUGAAGAUGGCUGCACAGUCAGCUCCGAAAGUUGUGCUAAAAAGCACCACCAAGAUGUCUCUAAAUGAGCGCUUUACUAAUAUGCUGAAGAACAAACAGCCGAUGCCAGUGAAUAUUCGGGCUUCGAUGCAGCAACAACAGCAGCUAGCCAGUGCCAGAAACAGAAGACUGGCCCAGCAGAUGGAGAAUAGACCCUCUGUCCAGGCAGCAUUAAAACUUAAGCAGAAGAGCUUAAAGCAGCGCCUGGGUAAGAGUAACAUCCAGGCACGGUUAGGCCGACCCAUAGGGGUCCUGGCCAGGGGAGCAAUCGGAGGACGAGGCCUGCCCAUAAUCCAGAGAGGCUUGCCCAGAGGAGGACUACGUGGGGGACGUGCCACAAGAACCCUACUUAGGGGCGGGAUGUCACUCCGAGGUCAAAACCUGCUCCGAGGUGGACGAGCCGUAGCUCCCCGAAUGGGCUUAAGAAGAGGUGGUGUUCGAGGUCGUGGAGGUCCUGGGAGAGGGGGCCUAGGGCGUGGAGCUAUGGGUCGUGGCGGAAUCGGUGGUAGAGGUCGGGGUAUGAUAGGUCGGGGAAGAGGGGGCUUUGGAGGCAGAGGCAGAGGCCGUGGACGAGGAAGAGGUGCCCUUUCUCGCCCUGUACUGACCAAAGAGCAGCUGGACAACCAGUUGGAUGCGUACAUGUCAAAAACGAAAGGACACCUGGAUGCCGAGUUGGAUGCCUACAUGGCGCAGACAGAUCCUGAAACCAAUGAGUGAAGCCUGCCCUCCCUCCCGUGAGAGACUCUCAUUGAAGUCACCACAUCUGGAAAUAACCGUGAGAUAACAGAUGAGAAGAAACCUGGUUGAGGCUGGAAGGACCUGUCAAAAUAGGCUGUGGACUUACUUGCCACCAGUUUGCAUUUAGUGUGUUCCUUUACUUUUUGAUACUGUGUUGUAUGAAACCCUUUUUCCUUUGACUUGUUUUAUAUAUUAUAUAUAUUUUUCACCCAGACUUCUCUUCACAUAUGGAUGUUUGUUGGCCUUGUGGCUGGAACACCCUCUUCCUACCGCUGCCUCCCCUCACUUGUCGUAUUUUCUGACAUUCUGACAUUUCCUCUGUUCAUCUCUGCAUCCCCAAAAAGAGGUCCCAGAAAGAGCCAUUGAGGGUAUGUUUUACAAUCAGUAGUUCUCCCUAAUGUCUAGGUUUCUAAAAGGCCUCUUUAGUGGCCUUUCAGAAACAUUUAGAAAAUCCGAAGCUCCAAAGUGCGUUCUGCUGCGUUGACAAUUUAGUGUAGCAAAUUGGGAACACUGACUUAGCUAUAGGACCACAUAACAGGUUACAGGUGAUAGCAGCUCUUAUCUAGUUAAAGUUUACCACCAUGUGUGUUGACACCACAUAGAUGACAACCAGUGUGCACUUUCUACCCUCAAGUGAGAGAAGCUUUUUGCUUUGUAUCAUGUCCAAGGGAGUACUAUUGGGUUGGCUUAUACCUGCAAUGCAGGGAAAGAAGCCAUUUGCGUUGGCAGACGCUGCAGAAGGGUGAGGGAUGGAAUGAUGGCAGACUAACUGCUGGGAGGGGUCAGGUGAUACUCAUGCUGAAAUGCUAUUAUCCUUGUGUUUAUUCCAAACUAGUCUUGGGCUUCUCCACUCAUUUGCUUUGUUCCACCCUCUUAUUUCCCUUGAAAGUUUAAUUAAGUACAACCAUAUUUUGUCAACUGUUCCAGUUUCAGUGGAAUAUUGUAUUGAUUAUAACAAAUCGUUCUCUCAAAUCCAA